AUGGCCGCGGGGCCAAGUUCAAGCAGCACGAGUCCGUCCAAUCUCUCGUCCAACAGCCCGUUCCUGCACGGCUCCUUCAGCUCAACCUCGUCGUCCCCGCCGAAACUGCCCUUCUCCGCCGGAGCAAUGACGGCAGACGUCUUUUCCACCACCGCCGCCCCCUUGUCCCACAGCUACACCCUGUCGCCCAUCGGUGAGAGGAAGACGCUGGAGAGCGGCCCGUCCUCCUUGCUCUCGCUGAGCGAGCUGGAGCCCACCCUCAGCGCCUCGGACAUGAAGUAUGCCACCACCGUCCUGGUGCGCAAGCUGCCGCGGAACACCAGCGACGAAGCCGUCCGCAGCAUGCUCUUGUUCGCAAAGGACCUGAUCAACACCGAGAUCAUCAAGGCCGAUUUUGCCGAAGACAAAGGAUUCGUCUCUGCAGUUGCGCGAUUUAGGACCCUGGCAGGCGCUCAAGAGGCCAGGGACAGGCUCAACGGAAAGGCCAAUGCCGCUAACGACGCCAAGAUGGUCGUCGAGCUUCUUCCCAGCAACACCGUUCCCGGUGCCAUCGGAGCCAGGCGCAACACUGUCGACGGCACCGCAAGCCGCCAGACCUCGGGCUCGACUUCUUCGGCAGGCUCGUCGCUCGGACGCCAGUCGUCCCGCUUCAACGGCACCUUCCAGUCCAUGGAGAAAAUGUCCCCGCCAAACGGCUCCUCGAGCCUGGGAGGAGCCGAAUUCUCGAUCCCCGAGGGAGGCCUUUUUGGACCCAAGUCUCCCACCGGAACCAAGACGUUCGGAGAAGCCACGCAGAACCUCAGCAAGCAGUUGAUCAAUGAUGAUGCAGGUGACGACGAGACCAGCGAACUGAUCAAGGACCCUGUGGCAUACGCAAGAAGCGGACAGAAUGGACCAAACAUGGCCCGGCGCACUACUCAGCCGUCGCUACCCGUAUCUCGCUUUGCCAGUCUUUCGUUGAACACCACAAGCGGAACCACCGGGCUCACUUCCCCUCCUUUGUCGACUUUCGCCUCACCGCGCUCUGUCGGGCCCGUGCAGUCUCCUGGACCGCCAAUCACGACCAUGUCUCCACAGAACAUGUCAUCAACCAUGGGCCCCAUGGGACCAAACUCCAACUAUCAGCUGACCUCGCACCAUUAUCAGAGGCAUAACUAUCCCCCGGUCAAUCCGGCAGAUCAGAACCCGCCCUGCAACACUCUCUACGUUGGCAAUCUCCCAAUCGAUACCUCGGAAGAUGAGUUGAAGGCCAUGUUUUCCAAGCAACGCGGCUACAAGAGACUGUGCUUUCGGACCAAAGCGAACGGCCCGAUGUGUUUUGUUGAAUUCGAAGACGUUUCGUUCGCCACAAAGGCUUUGAACGAACUUUACGGACAUCCUCUGCACAACAGCGUCAAGGGCGGAAUUAGGUUGAGUUUCUCCAAGAAUCCUCUGGGCGUGCGGAACGGACAGACCAACACCAACAAUGUUCCUGCGACCCCGAUGACGCCUCACAGCGCCAUGCCGGGUAUGGGCAGUGGAUUUGCUAUGAACCAGUCUUUUACCACGGCAACCGGCCCCCCGCCUGGCCUGACCCCACCUGGCAUGAGCUCGCCAGUGGGCAUGAGUGCACCUUCCAGCUUUGGAGUCUUCUCCAAUGGAACCUUUGGGGUGCCGCCCAACGCCAUGAGAAGUCAACCUCUCACCGGCGGCAUGGCUUCCGCGGCCGCUAACAGCGGGUUCAGCAGCAUGUCCGGAGGCUAUUCUGAUUACAUGAUGGGCCGUUAA